AUGAGUCAGAAGACAUCAACGAGCGGUGGGACUGGAGGUGGUGGUGCGGGUGGUGGCAAAACGAAAACAGCAUCAUCAACGAGUGUUCCCACGACAGCAACGUCUACCAGUGUCAGUCAAAAGCAGUCAACCGAAGCGACAGCUUCAGAUGGAGCGCGAACAAAGUCAGCACAUUCCUCGGUACGAUCGUUAAACUUUGAUGAUCCGGAGUUGCUUCUACCGGUGGUAGGACCCGCAGCAGCUGGACGCAAAACCGAAUCGGCACCUACGAAAGAACGUAAGGAUGGUGGAUCGCUAGUGCAGAUGGGAACGAAUUCGCUUGCCGCAAGUACGGUUGUUUCUGCGUCGAAGCCUCCGCACUCGAAACCUCACCCGGAGGAAGGUAAGACGGGCUCCAGCGCCAACAGUCAAUCAAUGGCGAUUGGAAGUCCUACGAAAAUGGGUGUCAAAAAAACGAUGCCACACCAGGGAGCUUCACUAAAGCAAGAACAUCUUGAAUCGUCAACGGUGACAGCGUCCGGUAAACCAACGCUACUGAAAGCUUCCUCCGUACCGGGUCCGGGUUUCAUCGGUGCUCCGGUAGCGUGUUCUUCGCCGCUGGGCGGCAAACCUUCGGCCAGUGUUUCUCCACAUCAUGUACCGCCCGUAUCGCCUCAACCACUGAACGCCCCUGUGAUAACGACGAUUGCUGCAGCAUCUCCGACAACAACCGCCAUCGGCUCGCCGCUAGUGGUCGGCACUACGGGAACGACAGCAUCACCGUCGGCUGUUGUGAUGCGCACGUCAUCCGGUUCGAGCCUUCACAAAUCGGCCUCGUACCGAAAGUCAUCCUACAAACCGCAACACUCGCACUCCUUGCGUUACUCUGGCAGUGGCAGCGACAUAUCCAACCUGGUGCGCGUACGUAAUUCCACGCUCGGCAAUUCCGCACCAACGCUCUCGUUGAGCGCAAAGGAAAAUGGCGGCUUCGGACUUGGCGCACUCGGUGGUGGUAGCUUUUUUGCCGGUCAAAAGCGUCCCACCUCGUCAUCGUCGUCGUCGGCGGCUGCAGCCGCUCGGAGUGCUGCCGUGGCGCGGCAUCGGCUCAGCUUCGUUGCGAACAUUUCGCCCCGAUCUCACUCACCCAUUCCCGCUAGUCCCAUCGAUAGUCCGCGCAUCAAUUCGCCCAGUAUUAUGCAGUUUCCGUUCAUGCCGAUCAAGCGCAUUGCAUCGACAGCUGCGUCGAAGAACUGCGACAGUCGGCGGUGGUCGGUUGCGUCGCUGCCAUCGUCCGGGUACGUGACGACGCCAGGAAGCUCCAACAUUUCCUCGCAGUGUUCGAGCCAGGAACGGUUGCAUCAGUUUCCGGCUGUACCGACCAAUGACGAUUUGCAGCUGCUGUCGUUGCAUUUCUCGUCGAAUGACAGUAAUCCGAGCUUGAUUGAGGCGAGGACGCAUCACAGUCAUCAUCACCACCAUGCGUACCACCAACUACAUCAGCAUCAUCCACAUCAUCCGAUGGUACCUCCGGCGCAUCAUCACGCUUUGCAGCAGCAACAGCAGCAGCAGCAGCAAUUUCAUCACCAUCAUCAGCAUCAUCAUUCCCUACCGGCAGGAGCCGGAAUGCAGCAACUACCAUACACACACCAGCACCCACUGGCGAUGGGGGUUGGGCCACCGAACAGUGGAGGUAUAUCCUCGUCGAUCUCACCACAGGCUAGCUACGGAUCUGGAGUAUCCAACAGCGGUUCGCUUUAUCAACAGCAGCAGCCACUCAGUCUGCAGGCUCACGUAGGAUAUCCCCAAGGGCCAGGAAGCAUCAUGAAUCAACCGGCCGGACCACAAUCCGGUCAGCUGCCACAUCAACAUUGCACGAUGAAAUCUUCGGUGGGAUCUUCUGGUUCGGGAAGUUGCGGCAGUGGUCCUAACGGAAAGGACGACAUGAACAACUUUUGUGGAUGUCGUUCACCGAUUCAUCGGCCGCGAUCGCGCAGUCUCAGCAGUCCGAGCCAUUCGCCGAUCACCGACAGUGAGAUCUCGAUCAUGAACACUUUCUACAAAGAGCGGUUCCCGAAAGCGACCCAACAGAUGGAGGAACGCUUGAGUCACUUUAUCAAUGAAAACAAAAACAUCAUCAACGACAGUGCGCGCAACUCGCAACCAAUUGUACGGUUCGUGCACCAUCAGGUGCUGGAAAUGGCACGUGAUUGUCUGAACAAAUCGCAGGCCAAGUUGAUCACGUCGCGAUACUUCUACGAGAUGAGUGAAAAUCUGGAACGACUGUUGAUGGAGACGCGUGAAAAAUCGCCCGAAGCAGCUCCGGAAAUUACGGGCGUGAUCAAGAAGCUGCUGCUGAUCACGUCCCGUCCAGCACGGCUGCUUGAAUGUUUGGAGUUUGAUCCGGAAGAGUUUUACCGGUUGCUGGAGGUGGCUGAAGGACAGGCAAAAGUAACGCAAGGCAUCAAGGCGGACAUUCCACAGUACAUCAUACAGAAGCUGGGGCUCAACCGAGACCCGAUAGCGGAGCUGCAGGAGGAACUCAACAUUGAGACGGCAUCGCUUAACUCGAGCGUGAAUUGUGCCGAUCUGGAGGAAGAAGCGGAACAGGAGGAGCUGGUGGAUCGGAGAUCACGCGUGAGGAGCAAUAGAACGGCACGUGCCGACGAUAGUGAGCUAGCGGAUAUGAAUUCUUCGAUCGCGAGUGAUCACACUUCUCGUGGUGGUGACGAUAUGACGUGCUCCACACCGAAAGGGUCAGGUUCUUCGAGUUCUGCUGGGAAUAGUGCGGCUAGCAGUACUAGCAAUGUGUUGAACAACAAUACUGAACCGGGUGGAAAUGCGGUUGGAGGAGCUACGGCCGGUACUGGAAAUGCCGCUACAACUGGAGGAACUGCAGGUGCAGUGGGAAAGAGCUUCAAGGCACGUUCCAACAAUGCUGUACCGAAUGAGAAAGAUUUUGAUAUACUGAAGCUGAUCUCGAACGGUGCGUAUGGCGCUGUUUAUUUGGUAAAACACAAACAAACUCGCCAACGGUUCGCGAUGAAAAAGAUCAACAAGAACAGUCUUAUGCUGAGGAAUCAAGUGGAGCAAGUGUUUGCCGAGCGGGAUAUUCUUAGCUUCGCAGAUAAUCCUUUCGUAGUGAGUAUGUACUGUUCGUUUGAGACGAAAAAACAUCUCUGUCUGGUGAUGGAGUACGUUGAAGGUGGUGACUGUGCGACGCUACUGAAGAAUAUCGGCCCACUACCAUCGGAUAUGGCAAGGUUCUAUUUUGCCGAAACGGUGCUUGCGGUCGAGUAUCUGCACAGCUACGGGAUCGUGCAUCGUGAUCUGAAACCGGAUAAUCUUCUUAUUACUGCGCUCGGUCACAUUAAACUGACGGACUUUGGGCUAUCGAAGAUGGGUCUGAUGUCUCUAGCGACGAACCUGUACGAAGGCUAUCUGGACAGCGAGACAAGACAGUUCUCAGACAAGCAGGUAUUCGGUACUCCGGAAUAUAUCGCACCCGAAGUGAUCAUGCGCAAGGGUUACGGUAAACCGGUAGAUUGGUGGUCAAUGGGCAUCAUUCUGUACGAGUUCCUGAUCGGCUGUGUGCCGUUCUUUGGCGAAACGCCCGAAGAGCUAUUCGCGCACACGGUGAACGACGACAUCGAGUGGCCUGAUGAAGAUGAUUGGCCACUGCAGGAGGAAGCGAAGGAUCUUAUCACGGUACUGUUGCAGCAGAAUCCACGCGAUCGGCUCGGAACUGGUGGUGCGCACGAAGUAAAGGAGCAUUGCUACUUUUACGGACUCGAUUGGAACAACCUGCUGAGGCAGAAAGCGGAGUUUGUACCCCAGCUGGACAAUGAGGAGGACACGAGCUACUUCGAUACGCGCGUCGAUAGGUUUAAUCACGAAAUAUGUGGUGAUGAUACGGACGAGAUGGAGGAUUCGCCACUAUUCGGAUCGUUUAGCUCAUAUUCGCCGCAGUAUCGCAAGCAGCACAGUCUUUCGCAAGCGUCCAUCAAUUCUAGUGGCAAUUUUGGCGGAAGUACUGGAAGUCGGAUAAGUGGUGGAGUAGGUAUCGAGGGUGGAUCGUUGACGGCCGAUAUACCAUCCGUGGUUGUGGCAUCCAAUGUUUCCCAUGUUCCUCAGGCACCUCCUCCUUCGUCUUCAUCGUCUGGAUCGUCCGUUCCGGAUGCGGUUGGGGCGCCGAGAGAAAUAGGAGCUACGAUAACGGUGAGUGGUCCUACAAGUAGUUCUAGUGUACCUUCAACUACUACGGCUUCUUCCACCUUGAAGCCUCUGACUACAUCAACCGGGGAAACAUUGGUUGAAACGCCGAGCCUCACAACAUCUUCGGCGCUGAGCAAACCUCACCUACCAAGCCUGUUCGAAGACGGGUAUGAUACGACACACCCCCGACCGAAUGAUAUCAGCAAACUCAUCAUAACACCUGAACUUCGUAAGUUCAACAUCAACCCGUCACGUUACAAGAUGCCAUCAACGCCCGAUCUCGACUAUCUCCCCGAACUAGCCACACCCGAUCGGGAAGACUUCAUGGUCCAUCACGGUAUCAGUCUACGACCUACGGCAGCAAACGUUGGAUCAAUGCGUGCAGCCCCUAGCACACCGGAAACUCCCGAAACGAACAAACGGUUCAGUGACUUCUAUCCGCUCUCCUCACUCAAGCAGCUCAGCACACCCGAAUCCUCCCAAACGGACAGUGAUGAUGUGUCGCCACAAAUACAACGCAAGCGCAAGAUCGUCCACAAUCGCAUCCUGCCCAAAUUCUCCAUCUCGAUCGAGGAUGAUCAAAGUGGACAUGAAACAUCCUCUUCAACACCGUCCCAAAUCGUAACAUCUUCACCAUCGAGCUCGCUGCACAACCUAAGUGGCAGCAAUUCGCGGCAUAUCGUCAAAUCCGCAUCAGCUUUGGGUCUCUCACUGAUGACAUCUUCGGAUGAUUCGUCCUCCGCUGUUACUACGGCGGUUGGACGAUCACUUGGUGGUGGUGGCGGCCAUGUUACCCUCCCGGGACGUAAUGCGACGGGAACGACCGCUUCCAACCUGUCGUCUUCCUCCGGCUGUAGUACGGGUGGUGUCGCGUCGUCUACGAUGCAUUCGGCGGGCAACUGUUCCAGCACGGCUAGCUCGCGUGACACAUCGCCCUGCCGCGAGUUGAGCCCUCUAGUCACGAACCUAAAACCACCGUUGAUUAUUAAGCGUGGACCGCGUGGAUUUGGGUUCACCGUGCACACGAUACGGGUAUACUACGGAGAUACAGAUUUCUACACCAUGCACCAUCUGGUGAUGGCCGUCGAUGAGGGAAGUCCUGCGUUCGAAGCUGGUCUCCGCCCGGCGGACCUGAUCACACACGUUAAUGGAGAAGCCGUGCAGGGACUGUACCAUACGCAGGUUCUGCAGUUGCUGCUAAGUGGAUCCGAGCUGGUGAGUCUGCGUGCUACUCCACUCGAGCACACUAGCAUCCAAACGGGUGGACGCAAGCGUGAACCAUGGCAGAGCAAGUUUGCGAAGAAAUCAACCCAUAGUCGGCGCAAGCAGAAGAAAGACAACGAGAAAAAGCGCAAAGCGUCACUGUUCCGACGAAUUAGCAGCAAACGAGCAAGUGCUGAGAUGCAGCAGAUGGUAGCUGGAAUUCAAUCGCCAACUUCGGCCGUUCCGCCCAGUAGAAGUUUCCAAUCGUUGGCCCGCUUCCAAGGUAGUCAACCGAACUUGCUACAGCCGGGAAUAGGACCCGUAGUAGGAUCUCCUGGAGGAUUGCCCGUUCCGGGUGCAAUUCCUCACCCUGCCGGCAUGCAGUCUCCAGUUGGAGCACCUGGAGUAGUGGGUCCCAUUCCACAGUCAACAUUAGCUGCCACGGGUAGCUCGCCGGGAAAUCGACUAAGUCUCUCGCCGCUAAACUCCGCCGGAACUCUCUAUAAUCCAACGCUUCCGUCGCCGGGUUCUCCGAGCACAUCCGCACCAAGUACACCAACUGGCAGUGGAACGCUCGGAUAUAACGAUGGUGCUCCACUGUACCAGCGCCCAUCAACGUUGCACGUACUGAAGCACAAGCUACACUCGUCGCCCUGUGCCAGCAAUAAAGCGCUUCACUCUGCAGCGACCGCCAGUGGACGUCCCUCAAACCGUCGAAAAUCGGCCGACCAUAUGCCGCUGUCACCACUCGCCCGAACUCCCAGUCCUUCACCGCUGCCCGCUUCACCGACGCGUUCGUCCAGCCCGCUAGCAUUCCCGGUCGUACAUCCGCUCGGCGCUUCCAACACAACGCAAUCGUACAGUCCUGGGGGACUGCCAAAUGCCGCCGGCAUCGGCAUCGGCAUAGCAACCGGACUUCCGUCCGCCGUCGUACCAGGCAUUGUGGCUGGUGGAAUCGGAGGAUCACCAACACCUCCUACGAAGAAAGGAUUCCCACGAGCGAAAACAGCCGAACCUAGCUCACCGUUGUUGCGUCGAGCUUUGUCCCCGGACCGGCUACAUCCACGCAGUGCCGCUGAAAGUAAGUGCGUGCUCUCACCACUCUGUUGCAACACUUCGCUGAAGACAACACCCCGUACGGUGGCUGGUAUUUGGAGAUCGAAUCAAAACUCCACCAUUACGACGGCUGCCGGUGGAGCGCCGGGUGGACUUCAACUGACAGCAGCAUCGUGCGGAAGUAGCAGCACGACACUGGAACCUUCAACCGUCUCGGUGUCCCAAAAUAGCGUUAAUAAUAACAACAAUCCACAACCGGCAACGGCUGGAACUGGUGCUUCCGGUGGAGAAUUAUUAGCAGCAACCGGGAAGCCAUCAGCAGGACCUCCUGCAACGCGCAGUACCAGUGUAACGUCAUCAUCUGGUGGGAAAAUGGCUGCUCAGUCGAGUGUUACUGUAAGCAGCGCAGCGUCUAAAGAGGAUCAGAUAAAAUCGUCCGCCGACAAGCUUGUGCCACUGAUGGAGAAGAUGGCGAUCAAGGAUGGGGAUGGGCCGAGCACGACAAGCAUCAACAAUAAUGGUGGCGGUGGGGUGAGUAAGAAAGCGAAAGAGUAAUU